AUGAAGUGCAAAGAGUGCCGUUUGAGUGAAACAAGAAUUCCCUGGCUUUCUCUUUUGGAACCGUGCCAUGCCGUGCCGUGCCGAUACGAUGCCGUAAAAAUUCGAGCCCACAACGCCUAUGUGUUGGAAUGCAAUGAGGUAGGUCCCUUUUUAAAAGUGGACAACAAGAAGAACAACUCAUCUACCCGCCUCCUUUAUAUCAUGGGACCGUCUGGGUGCUGGUGUGGGUUC